ACCGCGGUGGUCGAGAUAAAAAGCGUCGUGUGCGUCGAUGACACGUUUCACGGUGGUGUCGGUGGUGUCGGUGGUGGUAGUGGUGUCGGCGAUGGUUAGUGACCCACCUGUUUAUCUACCGUACGUGUUCAUCCUACCAACAAAACUGCGGCUGUCGGGGCGGGUGAGGUUUGCCGGUGAACCCUAACGUCCGCUGGAACUUCCAUUCGCGCGCUAUUCACUCGAACUACCCCUUUAAGCUCGUUCAUUUCCUACGAGAUUACAAGCAAAGAUUUAACCUAGGAAUGGCUGAGCUGUGAUAACCGACCGAGUCCGAUGUAGACCGCCACCCCGACUACCCGAUAGCUAAUUGCUCUAAUCACGUAUGAGAGGAAACCGGUUGUACGUCUACACGGCAUACCCGUAUAAUCUGCGUAAUCGGAGCUGAUUCCCCAUCGGUAACCAUUAUUAAAAACAAUCGCUCGAGCAUCCGAUCGUACGGAGCAUAGGGAUCGAUUCUGAUAGCGGAUUAUAAUCAGAUCGCCAAAGGACACGGUAUGUCAGGUAUCCCAUCGAUCGCCUCGACCUGAACCGGGCUAGUUUUUCAUCGAAUCUGAAAAGUGCUCGUUUUCGUACCCCCCUCGAUUCCAAACCUGGAAUGGUUGCUUUUUUUUUUUGGAGUGCGCUCAAAGUAUAUCUACUUGUAUCGGAGACGUUAUAAUUACCCCUUGAGAAUUGGAGAAGAUUGUUCGAGUUUCUCCCGAGGAGAAAUACAAAAGAAAAACAAUACGAGGGGACGGAUAUUAUUACCGGGGGAUUUCUCGCCCGCGCAUCCUACGUACGUAUACAUAUGUAUGGUACUUUUGUAUAUAAAUAUGCAUAGAGAGGGAAGAGGAGAAAAGUGAAGAAAAAAAUCGAGAGAGAGAGAGAGAGAUAGAGAAAGGAAUCGAGUCCAGAGCGCGGUGGUACGUCGGUGUGCUCCAGACAGAGAUGCGGUCCCCGCAAGUACGUAACACGUAUACAGCCCUAGGACCUCUUAUUUUCGGGUUUCACGAAGCCAGACUCAGGAUCACUCCCUCCUUCCUCCUUCCUCCUUCCUCCUUCUCCCCCGAAUGUGCACCUACCUGUGUAAGCUACUCAAGCGAAGGACUCCCGAGUAUAAAAAUACAUUAUGUACACCGCGUGUAUAAGGUAAGGAAGUUUUACCAUUCGGAAUAUUUCCGUCCAUCCGUAUACCCGAGUAACAUACGCCCACCGAGUUAGUACCAUUUGCGAAAUAUACGAAAUUGAAUUCGAUUUUCGUUUUUCCGAACGUUGUAAUGAGGUGUGUAAAAAUUAAACGAAUGUAAAUUUAGUUUCAGUAACGCCGAGGAGUCCUGGUACAUCCGCUAUGUGUAAUAAAGUGCACCAUUAAAUUUAAGACAUUACCUGAGCGAAUUUACACUCUCAGCAGAAGUGACUCUAAACUGAAUGGGGAAAACUGGUUCGUGAGUUGAAUUUUCAACUCGCGCGAUAUCCCCAAACUACAAGCUAAACGAUGGAGCAAAAAAAAAAAAAAACAGGAAUGAAAAGAAAACGAAGGUAACGUAAAUGACAUAACGAUUAUAAAGAUAAUUGAAUGGGAAAAGGUAGAAAAAGUUUGACGAUUUGAAGAUAAAACAAGUCUCCUACGCGGUAACAGACACACAGGUGGAAUUACAUCGAAACUGACCAAACUGUGUUUGAUAUUUUUCGUAUCAUUCCAGUUGCCCAAUAUCGGGCAGCGAUAAGAGUGCGAACUUGGUAUUUUCCGAUGAAAUAAUUUAAGCGGUAGAUAUUCAUGUUUUUCAGUAUAUAUCGUCGCGAGUUGUGCGAUAUAAAUUGAUUAGAAAAAUUCAACGACGGACGCACCGAAUUUAUCGAGGGAUUUAUUCGUGUGUCGACUUAUUGUUAGCGGUAAAAUUACCCGCUUCUGGAAAAUAGGUUUAAAAGUAAAAUUCCUCGUUCUAUGAUUGGCCAGUUUCUGAUCUGGAAUUAGACAAAGACCGCUCUCCCCCAUCAGGGUUAAAAGUGGGACCCUAACCGACCUCAGGUCAGUCAGGCCCGGUCGUAGCUAGCGAGCAUCAGCUGCGCAGCCCACGCAGCUAAAACUAAAACCACUUAGAAAACGUCCCUUUUUUUUUUUUUUCUCUCAUUUUUCCCCAUGCCUUAUAUUAUACACAAGGUUCAAGUGAAACGGAAACCUAAUAUCCCUUCGUGGAAUCGCUAAACGUUCGUUCUACGCAGGUACGUUCUCAUGCGAGUGAAGAAAAUGUCAGUCGAGUUUGUCGAACAUUGAAAACGACUGAAUAAAGUCAACGAAAAAAUACCUCGACAAGUUUCGCGAAUCGAGUGAACGAGCGAAAAAAAUUCACCAAAACUCUUCGAUCAAUCAUCGAAACCGAACGGCGUUAUGUACGCCAAGAACAAGGGUGGAACGAGCGUGUCGUCGGACGCUCAGGCGCGCGAAAAAUUGGCAUUGUACGUUUACGAGUAUCUGCUUCACGUCGGUGCACAAAAAUCGGCGCAAACAUUCCUCUCGGAAAUAAGAUGGGAGAAGAACAUAAGCCUCGGCGAACCACCUGGUUUCCUUCACUCCUGGUGGUGCGUGUUUUGGGACCUUUACUGCGCAGCGCCAGAACGAAGAGAAACCAACGAGCACAGCAGCGAAGCCAAAGCGUUUCACGACUACGGCUUCGUCAACGGAACGGGCUACGGACCCAACUCCUCGACUCCCGGUGCCGCCGGGCCCCCGGGCAUCGCUCCCCCCAUGCAGUCGAUGGGUCCGCCCACGGAAGGGGGACCCGCUCAGGGCGCGGGAGCGGGAGCGGGACCCGGACCCGCGGGAUUUUACGCGAACAACGCGACGUCCAUGCGUCCCACGCAACAGACAUCACAGCCGCCGAUGCCGCAGACCGGGCAAGGAGGGCCCCAUCAGCAGCAAAUGAUGCAAUCGCAGUACAUGGGACCGAGGUAUCCGAUGGGACCGAGGGGGCCCCCCGGACCGCCGCGAAUGCCGAUGGUGAACGAGUACGGCGGACAUCCGGGGCAUCCGGGACACCCGCCGGCCAAUAUGAUGUCGAACGGGACCUCGGACAUCCAGGGUAGACACAUGGGACAGAUGAAUCAUCGAAUGAACGCGCCCAGAGGUCAGGAAAUGGGAGGUAUGGGGCCGAUGGGCCCUAUGGGACAGACGGCAGGUAUCCGCGGCCCGAAUACGGGACUUCAGGGGGGACCACCCGGCCCCGGGGUAUCCUUCAUCGGUAUGGUACCCCCGGGUGGUGCGAGGCCUCAGUGGCAGCAAAACACCUCCUCGCCGAUGAACAACAACGGCUACCCGUCCGCUUCACCUGGCAACUACGCAGGUGCUCCGACGAGUUCUACGGGACACUCGGGACCCGGUACACCGACGAUGCCCAGCCCGCAAGAGUCGGGCCCGGAAGGUAACAUUUACGGUAUGGUCAAGUCGGGAACGGUACGGGGAAAUUCGGCCCCCGGUGAAUACGGUAUGGCCGGUGGACGGAGCGCUACGUCGAACGACGGAAAUUCACAAAUCAGAGGCAUGGGACAAAACUCGUCGAUGGGUUCGGUUCUGAACAACGACAGCUUGGCCAACAGUCCGGCGAGCGGACCGGCGACCCCCAGAGACGUCGGUAACGGUGCUAUAGCGGAUUUCGGACUUCCCGGAUUCGGAAAUCAAGGGGAAAACGGACAAAUGGAAUCAGCCGCAAUACUCAAGAUCAAAGAAAGCAUGCAAGAGGAAGCGAAGAGGUUCGAAAAAGACUCCGAUCAAUCGGACUUCUUUAUGCGGUAGCUCGCCGGACGAUCGUCUCAAAAUUUUCACCGCGACGAAUCGGCGAGUAAAUAAAUUUGAUGAAAAAAAAUUUAAUGAAUGUAACGAUCUCCGAUCGCACCGAAUUGUACGGGUCGGGACGAUCCCCUCCCAAAGAAAGAGAACUUCCAGAUCUUCGUUGCGCGCCAUAAAAGGGGAAGAAAAAUUCCGCGAACUUCGAUCGAUAUUUGUAAUCGACCGUCGAAGUUUUUCAGUGAAUACGGCGCAGUCUGUUGAAAACGAUCGAUUCCGGUUUGCACGAGCGUUCGUUCAACGGUUGAGACGUUUCCGAUACGAUUGUUAAAUAAGACAUUGAUUGUGUUGUGAAACUUCAUCGCAAAUGAUACACCUUAAUGACUAUAAUACAGCUAAUCAGCGUUCCUUCAAUUUGUAUAAUUCAAUAUUUCUUGUCUAUGUAAAUAUUCAAACACUGUUCAUAAUAAAACAAACGAACUUAUAAUCAGGUAUUAAAAAAAGGAAUGCACACACACACAUAUACACAUAUACCGUCCGCAUCUACCUUUCAAGAUAAAUAAAUCGAGUAAAUACACUUCGAUCCUUAUAGCUAGCUCGGUAACAAACUUCAGAAGUUGGAAUGCGAAAAACGUUCUAAGUAUGUAGUACAUACACAUAGUCCAUACCCCAUCUACUCGAAUACAUUAUAUAGUAUACAUACCGUACUAUAACGUUUUAUACUUCAUUGUAGAAAGUUUGCGAGGAAGUUAAAUAGACCGUGAUCAAAAGCGUCCCGUUUAUAAACGGCGUUAAACUUACAACGGGCGCGGUUGAAUUAUUUCGUAGAUAUUUUGCACCUGACCGUCAUAAUAGUUGAGGUUGCGGAAAGGGCCCGUAACCGUCUCCCUUCCCCUCCGGCCCCGAAAAAGUUUCGUUACAACGUCGAGAUUUCACGAGGGGGAAAGAACGAAUCCAAAAAACAAACGGAUCAUUUCAAAACUACGGGGAAUCUGGGGAAGAAAACCACCCGGAAGAAAACUCGAACAAGCGACGUAUCGGAGAUUUUUGUUCGUCCCCUGCACUGUACGGUACGAUGACACGUUUAACGGUUACGAGAAUCGAAAAGUGCAGAACGAAUUGUUAUCUCCUCUUCACGGUCGAAUGCCAACACCAAUUCAAACGCGGCGAAAUCAAUGUUUCCGAUAACUGAUGCCAUACAACGAAACACAUCGUACGUAAUGAUUCCUACAUGGGGGACGUACGUACCAGAUAAAUUCAAUAAUUUUCGCCGUAUCUAGUCCGGCGCGCUUUUUAACGGUCUGUACGGAAAAAUGUCUCCCUUUGAAUCGAUGUGACGAUUCGAAAUUUCUACCUAAUCUGAGAUGAGAGGACGAGAAGAGUGGGAAAAUUUUGCUCGGUCGUUUUGAAAGGUGAACGGAAAGCGCGAAUUUCUUUUUUUCGGAUUUUGGACAUUUUUUACGUUUCCAAAUUGAAGCAACAGCUUCAUUUCGUUCCAAUUAAAUUCUUUAGUCUGUAAAUAAAUUGAAAAAUCCCAAAAUCACCAACCGAACGAAUCAAAGUUUAUCAAAAAAUCGUUGCCCGUUUGCCGUUGGCGUACGUUCGUUUUGAAAUUAACUACGAUUAUUUUUAGGCCAUUCGGUACACGUGUAGGUGGUCAUGGGUACGAUAUAAAUGUACACAUACAUACGAUACGGUUGUACCUGUAUAUCGUAUAGAUUUGCCCCGGUUUGGUCCUGAUAUUCCAAACAUUAAACUCUGUACACGUAUGUUAUAUAUUUAUUAUGCUUUGACGAUAAAUUCUUCAUUUUUAAUUAAUCCUCUUUGCUUUGGUGGACACAGUUCCCGCUAUUCUAUAUACACGUAUGUACCGCCCAUAUCCUGUAUCCGUAUACACAUACCUGUAUCUCAUUAUGCGUAUUACCGUCGUUUUUACGCUUUAUGAAAAUUGGGACCGAGAUUCCUGUCCGUUUAACGUUAAAAAACA